ACCACUUGUCAGCACAGUUCGUUAACAGUCCUAGUCGCGAUUCUAGGAGGUUAAACCCACUGAGCGUGUGUCUAGUUUUAAUAACCAUUUAAUUACCCUUUUUAUCUCCUUAAUAUUUGUUUAUUUGUCGUUGUCUACAAUAUAAAAUUAAAAAAAGGAUAUUGUGUGUGCCGUAUUAUUAAAAACAACAAUUGUGAUCGUUUAAGAACUAAAGUGUGAUCUAUUUUUUACAAAUAAUUUUUAAAAGCUUAAACAAAAUGAAACCCUUUCUAAUUGUGUGUGCCUUGUUGGUUGCAACAUGCUCGGCAUCAUAUCAUGGCGCCGUCUCGACACAAUAUGCCCAUUUAGAUCCUAAUAGCCAUAGUUAUUCGUAUGGCUAUGCUGAUCCCAAUUCACAGAAACAUGAAACUCGUUCGCAUGAUGGUGUCACACAUGGCAGCUAUUCGUACAUUGAUGGACAUGGCCAUAAACAAACUGUUUCAUAUACCGCCGAUCCUCAUCAUGGUUUCCAUGCUGUUGGUACCAAUCUGCCAAAGGGUCCUGCUCCCGCACUAGGUCAUGCUGUUGCUGCUUAUGAUGGUGGCCAUGGUUAUGCUUCGGGUCAUGCUUAUCAUGGUCCUCAAGCCCAUAUUACUUUGACCCAUGAAGGUGUGCCUCACGAUACUCCCGAAGUUGCCCAUGCCAAAGCUGCACAUGCUGCUGCUCAUGCUGCCGCCGCUGCUGCUGCCUACGAUCAUGGCGGUCAUGGUGGUCAUCAUUUGUACAAACGUUCCUUGUGGGGUCAUGGUGCCUAUGCCCAUCAAGCUGUUGCUCCUAUUGUCUUGACUCAUGGUGGUGUGCCUGUCGAUACUCCCGAAGUACAACAUGCCAAAGCUGCUCAUUAUGCCGCCCAUGCUAAGGCCUUAGGUGCCGCCGGUCACGGCCAUGGUGCCCCCUUGGAUACACCCGAAGUUGCUCAUGCUAAAGCUGCCCACUUUGCCGCCCAUGCUGCUGCCAGUCAUGGCGGUCCUUCUCAUGCUAUUGCUGCUCAUGGCUAUCAUGUACCUGUCAUUCACAAUGGUGUUCCCGUAGAUACUCCCGAAGUUCAACAUGCUAAAGCUGCCCACUUUGCUGCCCUUGCCAAGGCCUCCGCUGCUGCUGUUCACUCUGGUGGUGAUGAUGGUAGCUGGGAUGGUGGUCACAUCAGUGGCGGACAUGGAGGUCCUCCCACCCACUAUGCCACUUCUGCUCAUCAUGUCCAUGGUGGUCCCUAUCACGGACCCCUUCACAUUCCAGUCAUUCACAAUGGUGUGCCAGUAGAACCCGCUGAGGUACAACAUGCCCGUGCUGCUCAUUUAUCUGCCUUGGCCGCUGAAAGCCAUAAGUCCGCUGGUGGUUACUAUGGUGGUGGUAAAUGGUAAAUUUGAAAAUUUCUUAAAUACUUUUCGGAAGAGGUGAUAUACAAAACGGAACUGAUUUAACAACAUGAAGUUAAAAUGAAAUUUUAUACAAAAAAAAAUAAUUUUAGAUGUUUAAGUUGAAAAACAUUGAAGAGUAAUUUCUAUAACUUUCUACUUUAAACUCAACUAUUUUCUUUUCAUUUUUUCCAAUUUCCUAUGAUUUUCCAGAAACUUUACACGCGCUCUUUAAACUUUUCAAUUAUUACUGGAGAUGAUCUGAAAAGAUUUUGCCGGUAAUACUUAACUAUACUUUUUUUACUCUAUAAUCUUUUAAAGAAAAGAAACUCAAUAGUCUCUGUAAUCUCACUAAAACUGUAGUAAAACUUAACACUGCCCUUAACUUUAACUACUUAACUUUAACUAGUGUAUCUUUAUCUCUCUUUAACUGUACUUCUGUUUUAAACCAAUUUUUUCACUUUUCUAUUCUCUUUAUUCCUUUUAAAUGAGUUUCUUUACUUUUGCUAUUUUUAUCUCUUUUAAACCUCAACUUUCUUCUUUAAAUAUCUUUCCAUCAACACUUAUCUUUUUCGAUCUCUUUAGAUCCUUUUUACUCUCUCUAAGUCUUUUAACUUUACUCUAUGACCAAUCUAAGGACCACCCUCCUACACACAUACACACUCAAUCUCACUCACUCUUAUUCUAAUACUAACUAACUUGAUUUAUGUAGCCAACGAUUUUGCCAAUGCCCUGAAUUUGAUUUAAACUCUCUUUUAUAUUAACUCAUUUAUUACUAUUACCCUAAAUGUUAUUUAAAGUCUUAGAGUGGAAAGGGCGCAAAUUCCCUUUCCCCUCAUGACAACAAUUGUUUAAGCUAAAUAAUGAAUUUAUUUCUUUUUUACACUUUUUAUCUCCCUGUGAAUAAUUUUAAAGCAUAUUAAUUAUUUAAAAAUAGAUGUUGUAAAUACUAUUGUAAAAUAUUAAAAAAAAAAACAAAAAAAAAAAAAAAAUAAUAUAAUUAUGAAUAUUGUUAUCGUAAUUGAAACAUAUUGAAAAACUGCAUGCAAAGACAAAUAAACUGAUACAAAAAGUAUUUAAAAAAA